CCGGAUAGCUUCUGUGACUGCACGUGGUACGUGUCGAACACCAUGGCAGCGGUGCCGCACGUCGUGGUGAUCACCUUCCCUUUCGCCUCCCACGCGGUGAAGCUGUUCCGCUUGGCGCGCGCCCUGGCCGCCGCGGCGCCGGCCGCGACCGUCUCCUUCCUCUCCACCGCCGGCUCCAUCACGCAGCUGCAGGAGAAGAACCAGGAUGCCCUCGAGGGCAACCUGCGCUUCGUGGAGGUGCCGGACGGGUUGAUGCCACCGAGCUCCGGCGGCGCCGGGCCGGUGCCGCCGCCGAACCAUAUGGCGCGUCUGGGGCUCUUCAUCGCCGCCGCUGAGGCUGGCGGGGUGAAGGUGGCGCUGGAGACGGCUCGUGUUGCUGCCGGCGGCGCCAGGGUCAGCUGCGUCGUCGGGGACGCGUUCGUCUGGAUGGCCGCCGAUGCUGCCGCUGCGGUGGGGGCACCAUGGGUUCCGGUCUCGACCGGCGGUCCCAGCGCGCUCCUUGCGCACCUCGAAGGUGACGCGCUGCGCCACGACAUCGGCGACAAAGCGGCGAGCCGUGCGGACGAGCUGCUCACCUCGCACCCGGGCCUCGGAAGCUACCGCGUCCGGGACCUCCCCGACGGCUGCGUCUUCGGCGAGAUGCACCUGCCGAUCGUCGCCCUCUUCCGUCGCGUGGCCGAGCAGCUGCACGUUCCCCGCGCCGCCACCGCCGUGGCCUUGAACACCUUCCCGGGACUCCUCCCGGACGACGUCACCGCCGCUCUCGCCGCAGAGCUCCUGGAGGUCCUCCCCAUCGGCCCCUUCCACCUCCUCCCAGUCCCCGGCGACGACAACGCCACCGCGGCCGACCCGCACGGAUGCCUCACCUGGCUCGACGGCCACGCGGCCGGCGCCGUCGCGUACGCCAGCUUCGGCACGGUCGUCACCGCCGUGGUCGGAGGGCAGGAGGAGCUGCGCGAGCUCGCGGCCGGGCUGGAGGCGUCCGGCGCGCCGUUCCUCUGGUCCCUGCCGAAGGAGUACUGGCCGCUGCUCCCGGCGGGGUUCCUGGACCUCGAGCGCGCCAAGGUGGUGCCGUGGGCGCCGCAGGCGGCCGUGCUGCGGCACGCGUCGGUGGGCGGCUUCGUGACGCACGCCGGGUGGGCGUCGGUGCUGGAGGGCGUGGCCGGCGGCGUGCCCAUGGCGUGCCGUCCCUUCUUCAGCGACCAAAGGAUGAACGCGCGGAUGGUGGCGCACGUCUGGGGUUUCGGCACGGUGUUCGAGCAGCCCAUGACGAGUGGGACCGUGUCGGCGGCCGUGUCGUCGCUGCUAGCCGGCGACAAAAGCACCCGGAUGCAGGAGAUGCGGGACAUGGCGGCCACCGCGUUCGCGGCCGACGGCGGCAGCAGGAAGAACCUGGAUAAGCUUCUCAAGAUAGUCUGUCCACCGAAAGAGCACCGCCGCGAUGAUCUUCAUGUCGACGAAGCAGCAGAGGUGACAAGAUGCGCACCGACGACACAUGGUCAGCUGCUUGGUGCUAGCAGCCUAGCAAACACCGUGGAAAAAUAUUGUUUUUCCGGGACGAGGAACUCAAGAACCAGCCGAAUCGGCACCUGCGGUGUUGCUGCUGCCGGGAAGGGGAACCAGAUCCCCUUCCGCCCAAACUCGAGGGCGCCGACCCGCCGGGACAUUGCAAACACCACCGCAGAGCACUUGUGGCUGGAUCUGAAACCUGCACAGAAGGAACGCCACGGACUCCACAGACGCCAGGCACCCACCUUCAGCUGCUACACGCCCCCAAAGCACCAAACUUCCCCAGACGGCGCCUCUAAGGAGGACACGACGCACCAGCCGCCGCCGCCGCCCAUCCCAGGCCGGGAUUUGAGCUUUCACCCGGGAGGCAUGGCCGAGGUGUGGAGGAGAGACCACGGCUGCGGCUCCAACGAGCAAAACGACGCAACAUGGCGCCGCCGCCGCCGCGUUGGAAAUACCAAUAAGGAUCCGGCGACCAGAGGCCUGGAAUCAGGCGAAUCCAGCGAGGAGAGCAGAGAAGGGGCAAACCUGACCUUCAUAUCUGGAGCAGAGGAGGAACCUCGCCGCGCCGCGACCACAACCCACCGGGACCUCGCUGCCCGCGCAGCCAAGGGGGCCGGCCAUCACCUCCCGCACGCACCACCAGCCGAAGGACGGCGCCGCCUCACCGACCGGGCCGCCGCCCAGGCUUCCGAGGUCCAACGCCACAGCGGGCGAAGCGACGAAGCCCCGCCGCCGCCGUCAUCAACAGUCGCCCAGGCGAUGCACGACGACUCCCUCGGGUGA